UAGAAAUUUUGCAGUCGUCUUCGUCGUCGCGUUCGUUGUCCGUCGAGCGGAAAAUGUGGAAAGAAAAGCUUUAACGCUGGUGGUUACGGUAGAAAAAUCAAAUUCAUAGUGUUCGGAAACAGAUGUGCCGGAGUUUAGUGCUUAAAAACCGUCGAGAAUAACAACGGGGCUUGAGAUUUACAUCAAUGCAAGUUUGGGUGAAAAAUCGAGCAACGAUAGAAGAAAGAAAAAAAUGUCUGGCGAUUGAUUCAUGCGUAGCCCUCCCCAGUUCAGUCGGAGUGCUCUAAUCGCGAGGCGAAAGCCAGGGUCUGCUGAGUUUCUUGCUCUGCUGCUGCGACGGGUUUUUGAAGUUUCGAAUUUUUGCUCUCGUGUGAGUGUAAAUAAUAAAAGGCGAAAAAUCAAGAGAAUGCAGUCAUUUCUUAUGUUACUGAGUUAGGAUUUCGUUAAUUUCAGCAAUUUUUGGUGCAUGAAAUUGGAAGAAAAAGUUCGGAGAUGGAAAGGAUUUAUAUGGAUUUUGAGGAAAAAUCUCGGUCCUUUAAGGAGUCCGCAAUCACUUUAAUCGUGAGCGCAAAAUGAGCUACCUUCAGCUCACUUCUUUUGCUGCCCUGUGAACAACACAGAAGUGAAGUGGUGUGUAUUCGGUAUAUAUUUUUUGUGUGCAAUCGCCAUUUUGUGCUCCGACGACGACGGACCGAAGUGAGCCGAUCAGAACGAAAGGGAAGAAAGUGUCUAGUGUGGCCCCGUUGUGGCCAGAACUGCCAAGCAGCAGACCCUUCCAACCGCUGCUUCCUGGGAGUGAAAGUACGCCGGAUAAAUCCUUCCACAUGAAGGUGUCCGUUUUGUAGGAGUGUGAAGUUCCUCGUAGAGAUCUAGUAAUUGUCACGAAACGUCAUCUCUCUCUUCGGAAGGCGCUGCCCAAACUAUGUAGGAGCCACCAAAAAUUUCCUUAUCGGAUAACAACGACUGCUCAUCUAGCCUGCGCUAUCGUCACCAAGAGAGGUACCAACGAUGGGACCUUCAACAAUCUAGCAGGUUCCAAAAGCUCAACUAGCAACUCGGAGUGAAUCAGUUUCUCAGCUUGUGGCGCGGAAGCUGAACCACUCACCCUUAGUGAAAAUGUGCAGAAGGUGGUGGUCAGGCUUUGAUCAAGUUAGUCAAUAUAGAAGAGACAAUGUGGUGCAGUGUUCAGACGGCGAAGUGGUGUUAGAGCAAAAAUAGUCCGGUCGGCGGCACCGAGUGGUCUAAUCAAUUAGCAAACACAUGAGCUAGGUGAUCGAAACGUUGCUGUGAUGUGUAGAACCGGGGUGGUGCUCAAUUCAUCAUCACCGUCGUAUGUUUAAUCAUCAUAGUGAGUGCAAGCACCAGUGCAGUGGGGGAAGAAUAUAAACAAAGCUGCUGCGGCUUGCGGUACCGCAGGGUACCGAAUUCUAAUCGGAGGAAGGUGUAUAAAUCAAUCGAAAGUGCGAUUCCUAAUGCAGUGGAGGAAGUAAUAAAAGAAAGCAUUUAUUAAAACGUGUCGCAAAUGUAAUAGUCGCCCAUAUUAGUCUGUGUUAAAGUGUGUCUCGUUUCGGCCUAUUCCACAAAGCUGAAUCCUCUUGUUAACUCGUUCCCGCAGUACUACUUCCACCAGUAGUAUGCCUAUAAUGAGGCCGGGAAGCCUGAAGGAUCCCGAGAUAGCCGAGCUGUUCAAUAAACAUGACCCGGAAAAAAUAUUCGAAGAUCUGCGCGAAAUCGGCCAUGGAUCGUUCGGUGCGGUCUAUUACGCAAAAUGCAAUCUCACGCGCGAGAUUGUCGCGAUCAAGAAGAUGUCCUACAUGGGCAAACAGAGCAUGGAAAAGUGGCAGGAUAUCCUGAAGGAAAUUCGUUUUCUGCGACAGCUGAAUCACCCCAAUACAAUUGAGUACAAGGGAUGUUAUCUGCACGAAAACACCGCGUGGCUGGUAAUGGAGUACUGUGUGGGGUCCGCUUCCGAUAUCAUCGAGGUGCACAAACGACCCUUAAAGGAGGAAGAAAUAUCGGCCAUCUGCGACGGAGUGCUGCGAGGCUUGAGUUAUUUACACAGCCUCGGAAGGAUUCAUCGCGACAUCAAAGCGGGCAACAUCCUAUUGACGGAGCAAGGUAUCGUAAAGUUAGCCGAUUUCGGCAGUGCGGCUAUCAAAUGUCCCGCCAACAGCUUCGUGGGGACACCGUACUGGAUGGCACCGGAGGUGAUCCUGGCGAUGGACGAAGGUCAGUACGACGGCAAGGUGGACGUGUGGUCGCUCGGUAUAACCUGCAUCGAACUGGCGGAACGCAAACCUCCCUACUUCAAUAUGAAUGCGAUGUCUGCGCUGUACCAUAUUGCGCAAAAUGAGGCUCCUUCGCUACAGGCUCCAGACUGGUCCGAUAUUUUUAGGAGCUUUGUGGAUUUUUGCCUUAAGAAAUCCCCAAAUGAGAGGCCAAAUUCCAGUAAAUUGUUAACCCAUUCUUUCAUGACGAGGAUACGAUCGCCAAAUGUACUGAUUGAUUUAAUAGCGAGAACUAAAGCUGCCGUUAGGGAAUUGGACAAUCUAAAUUAUAGGAAGAUGAAAAAGAUCUUGAUGGUGGAUUCUUGCGAAACCGAAAGUAAUGUCGGUGACGCAGAAGACACUCCGGAUGAGCAGAUUGGUGGUGAUAGUAGCAAGAGUAAUAGUAUAACCUCAGAACAUUCGUUACAUUCAGUGGAUCAGCAUGGGGGAGUAUUGCGGAAUGCAUCUAGGCAUAGGAUUCCUGGUCCAGGGCUACCACCGAUGCACAACAACAGCAUGAACAAUUCGGGUGGCCGCGAUGGGCUAAUGGUAGGCGACGGUCUGAAUCGAAUGAGUUUGGGUGUAAGUGGGGGAAGUGGGAGCAGUGGAAUGGGCAGUGGGGGACUCGGAGGCAGUGGUUCCAUUUCCGGCAGUAUGGGUGCUAGUAUUGGGUAUCAAAAUUCGUCAUCUAGUCCUGGUGUACCUCAUCAUCAUCCGCAUCAUAACCACGUGUCGCAGGCGGCAGCGAAUGCGGUUGCCGAGCAUGGUGCCAACAAUUUUGCAACUAUUAGGACGACCAGUAUUGUGACGAAACAGCAGAAGGAGCACAUGCAGCAGGAGGAAAUGCACGAGCAAAUGUCCGGCUACAAGCGGAUGCGACGAGAACAUCAGGCAGCCUUAGUGAAACUAGAAGAACGGUGCAAGGUAGAAAUGGAACAGCACAAAGGAGCACUGGACAAAGAAUACGAUCUGCUAUUACAUAGUUUUACUAGGGAUUUAGAUAAACUUUCGGGGAAGCACCAACAAGAAAUUGAUCGUAGGAUAAAGCAGAACAACGUUGCCGAGAAAAAACUGUACAAGGAGAUAUCAACACGACAAGAAGGCGAUCGCAAAGCGUUCGAGUUGCAUAAAAAGAAGGAAUACAAAGCAAAUAAGGAACGAUGGAAGCGAGAGCUUUCGAUGGAUGAUUCGACUCCGAAGCGGCAACGGGAUGCCACGCUUCAGUCCCAAAAGGAUAACUUAAAGCAAGCUGAGGCUCAAGAGGAACAGCGAAUGCUUCGAGUACAGAAGAAUUACAUCGAACUGGAGAUGCGAAAGUUUCGAAGGAAAAAGAUGGUACUUCUGCACGACCUUGAGAACCAGCUGCUGAGGGAUGAAUUGAGUAAAAAACAACAGCAGCUGGAACAAGCACAUGGCAUGCUUAUAAAACACCAUGAAAAGACUCAGGACUUAGAAUAUCGACAACAGAAGAGUGUUCACGCUCUUCGAGAAGAGCAGAUAUCAAAACAACACGAAAGUGAGCUGCGUAACCAAAAGGAGUACAUGGAUCGGGCAGAGCGGGAGCUGUUGAGGAGGCAUGCGCUUGAACUCAAGCAGCAACCGAAAAGUCUGAAGCAAAAAGAACUCCAAAUACGCAAACAGUUCCGCGAAACGUGUAAAACCCAGACACGUCAGUACAAGGCACUGAAAGCUCAAAUCCUGCAGUCAACGCCUAAGGACGAACAAAAAGCUGUGAUAAAGAAACUAAAAGAAGAACAACAUCGUAAGUUAACGUUAUUGGGUGAUCAGUAUGAACAAAGUAUUGCCGACAUGCUGCAGAAGCAGAGUUUGCGGCUAGACGAAAGUCAGGAAGUCGAAUGCCAUCAGCUGAAGGAUCGGUUGCAGUAUGAGCUGGAGAUCCUGACGGCGUACCAGAGCAAGAAUCGGAUGCAAGCGCAGGCGCAACGAGACCGUGAGCGAAAGGAACUCGAGGAUCGCGUCAGCGUACGGCGAGCUCUGCUGGAAAGUAAGAUGGAAACCGAACUGCAACAGUUCAACCAGGAACGAGCAGAACGGAUUCGGUUACUUCGGGAGCGCCACGAGAAGCAGCUGGAGGCGUUCGACGAGGAAUCGGCACGGAUGGGCUUUAGUGCACUGGCGUUGGCCGAGGCCUCGAAGGAAACCUACCCGGACGAAGAAGGCAGCUUGUCCGGGUCGAUGCUUAGCUUGGCCCAUAGUAACAGUUCUACCAGCUUUCCGGCGGGAUCGCUAUAGCAUAAAUCGCGCUGUACGCUGCACACGCUGUCGAGUCAUAAUUCUAUGUAGUGGGAGGAACGAAGGCGAAUGCAAUAGGGAGAAAGACAUGGCGAAUAACGAUAGAGUUGAGUGGUAGAAAGAAUACUGCUACUAUUACUAGCUGAGUAUAUGUAAUUUUAAUUGACCCGCAGGCAGAUAAGUUCGGCGAGAAAAGUUACUUGGCGUACCUAGAACGUCAGGAGCGAAUGUUUGAGCUAAUGUUGUUACAUUUCGAUUGUGUUGUUUCUCUGAAAACUAAGAAUGUUUGUAUUUUGUGGUAGGGGAGAAUCUGAAGCACUAUUUCUUCGUUCUUUUAAGUGUUAUUUUAAUAAGAAUUUCUCAACACAAAAAAACUUAACUUUUCAUCCUAGUUCCGUCUAGUGUUUUUAUUUCAAUUAGCAAAAAGUGGCGCCUGUUUAUGCUCAGGUGGCACAGUUGUAUACUGAUUGAAAUAUGGCCACUUAACGGUAUAACCAUCCUUUUCACUGGAUUCUAGUCAACUGGUCCUGUUUUCAGCAGAAUGUGCGAAAUUUAAGCAGCUCAAUGUCUAUCGGCAAGGGGACGUUGUUAGUUCGAUUGUAAUUCUUAUUGGUCCUUCGAUAAUACUCAUGGUUGAAUUCGAAUGCUUCCUAGUUGCUAAGGUGUUGUUAGGUUCAUUUGAGGAAGUGAAAAUCACUUGUAAGCGCUUCAGUUCAUCUGUAAAUAAUCGUAAAUACAUCUGCUUAUAAUACCAAACAUGUUCUAUUAUACUGCAAACUGCUUUUUAUUAAUGUGGACCGAGAUUACACGCGAAUUUUCUAAUGCUAUACCUUCUAUUCCCGUAGGCCCUGAAUUGAAUUGUUUAUACAAUUCUGGUCGAAUUACUUUAUUAAAACACGUUCACACAUUAGCUGUUCUCAUUAACAAACGAUUCGGGCUAACAUUUAUCUGUUUCUUUUUGCUAUCAGGUAUGCUCUCUACUGAACAAAAUGAUAAAAAUAAGAAACACUAGUUUGGCAUUUAAAUCUUUGUUAUGGAGUAUGAUUGCAAAACAAAACUUUGCUCAAUCACUGCUAGCCAUUCAUAUGCUGUUUGUAAGACCAAAAAAAACGUAUGUGUAACAAAUCCUGCAUGCGUUGCUAGAUAGAUAUGUAGUAAACAUCUUUAACUGCAUAUCAUUACGCAAUCACUCGUAAUUCUUGAGUGCAUAAUGGACUUCUAGCCUAUCAAUUUUAUCAUUUUGAAUUACAUUCAUAUCAUUCUUUUGAUGAACAUUGUUAAAAAAUAUUUCUAAAUCUACUAGAAAUCGCUUUUUGGGGAUAGUAAUUUUUCGGUCAUAUCGCUUCUCGUCGAACUUUCGCUGCGAUCAGAUAGUUGUGAAUACCCGUUUGAAGUGAACAGACGAAUGUUUCUACACACUUUAUUAAAACAUACUACUUCGCUUAUUCUACAUAAUAGUAGACCACACCACACAUGAGUAAAACCGUACGGAUAUAUAGUUAUUUGAGUAAAUAAUGGAAAUGUGCGUGAGAAAAGAAGGAAAAUUAUUGUUUUGUUUUAUAGUUUUCUAGUGUCAAUACUGUAAACGCAAGGAACGAAUAUUAGAGCACCGUGUGUGUCAAUAAAUUCGCCGUAUUAGUAAAAAGUACGGCUGCAUGGUAAAUAGAUCACACGAUUAUUACUAUUAUGAAGUACGUAGGCGUAAACUAAUAUGAGAGAAGGCGAAGUGAACAGAACUAAUUUAUAUUUAUAUGCCUAGUAUUGUAUCAUUUCCGUGCUCUUCAUAACACAGAUUCCUUGUGUUUUGUACAUUUACUUUAGUUUAAUUGUGUAUAAUUACAACCACAACCAUACUCGUUUAAUUUGGCACACUCAGAAUGUUUAGAUACUGGAUGAGACGAGAGAAGAUUUGUUAAUAUCAUCAGCAUCAAAGGUGAGAAAACUGAAAUUAGUUAUUUAAUAAUGUUUUAGUUUUUAAUGCUGCGGUUUAGAGAGAAAACAGUAAUAUAAUAAACAAUAAUGCAAAGUAAUUCUCCAAUUAUUAAACAAGUAAUGACUAGAUAAACUAAUUUAAUUCAAGCUGAAAAUACACACACGAAAAGUAUAACACCCGCUGCAUUCUGUAAACGAAAAAUAAAAAUUAUUGCUAGAGCUUUUAUACCUUUACUGCAACAGUGCAUAUUGAAUAGACAUGAAGCAGAUAAACAAUAAAACAAAAUAUAACAGAAACUAACUGCAAAAAAAUCAUCAGGAUAGAAAUAGUAAAAAAGGGAAAGUGUAGCGAUGGAUUUGUGCGAGCGCGAGUGAAUGAGAUUUUUUUAAACAAAGAAAUUGAGAUAAUAGAUUCGUUUCGUUACGAAACAGCAAACCAUGAUUUACUGAAGGAAUAAUCUUUGGGCCAAUUUUAUGAGUGUUGUGAGUUAAAUAUGUUUCCUCACUUGUAGAAUACGUCCAAAUAUUAUAAAUCGAUCACGCUAAAAUUAAUAAGUAAAUAUUCACAAAAAACGUUUCCACACAUAUUAUUAUAGAAAUGUAACACACAAAGUGCAUAAACCAAGAAGAACUACCUAGUAAAGAGCAAACAUAGAUUGCGCAAGAAACACGCAAACACAGAGUUAGGAAUACAAAGAUUCACACUUGCAAAGUUUUUACUCCCUACAACUGCAAACAGAGAGAAAGAUAAAGAACUACUAAAACGCAAAUAAAAAGAAACCAAUCGAAUACUGCUAGAAGAAAAACCAAGCCUGUGUUUAGGAGCAAUUUGUAUAUGUGUAGUGUAUGAGCGAGUGAUAGCACGAGAAAGGAAGAUAGCGAAAACAAAAAAACGAAGGUUAGAAAAAGAUGUAAGUAUCUAAAUAAUGCGAAUGCGAUUGUGUUGCUACUUCGAAAUCUUGGAACAGGAUAAUAAAAAAACUAAACCAAUUUAAUAAUCUAGAAA